AGAUUUUGCAUCGUGAUAUUAGAGCUGAGAAUGUAUUGAUCACACAUAAUAAUACAGCAAAACUUACGAAUUUUAAAUCAAGUCGCUCAUAUAAGGCAGAUACGAUGAAUCAAAUCCAAAAUAUAGGACAGAUUCGAUAUAGUGCUCCUGAAAUAUUGAAGAGGACCCCAGGCUUCAAAUACAAUAAUAAAUGUGAAGUUUAUAGCUUUGGAAUUUUACUUUGGGAAAUUUCAGAGGAAAAAACUCCAUAUGAAAAUUUGGAUGAUUUGUUAGAAAUAACUAAUCUUGUGCUUAAUAAAUAUCGGGAACCAUUUUCUGAAAAUAAUCAAAUGCCGGACGAAUUCAAAAAUUUAGCACUUGAUGCCGUUAACCACGUCCCAGAAUUUAGACCAAAAUUCACGACAAUGUUAGAAAUUCUUAGUAAUUGUUUAGAAUCUAUCGAAAGAUCUCCACAUACACCUUCAUUUAAUUAUAUGACGCAUGAUGAAUCGGCAAAAAAACCCAAAAAACAUGAAAUGAUCGAUUUAAUUACUAAAAUUAGAGAUCUCCUCGACAAAGUUGAUAAAAUAACACAAGCAGCUGAACAUAAUAAGCGAAUUUGUAAAGUGUUUAAAUAUCGAGUUUAUGUUGUGUAUUUAGCUAUACUUGAUCUUAAAGUUCAUGGAGAUGAUAAAGAAUAUUUUAAUGAAAACAAUCAUCAAUGUCUACAAAAUUUAGUUGCUGUUAUUACGAAAAUUGAAGAAUUUGUAGCAGAUAUUUCUCAAAUGACAACUUUAUUGAAGUCAAAUUAUAAUCAACCGAAAAAUAUUGAGAAAAUAUUCAAAGAAUUAUGUAAAGGUUUUGACAAUUGUAUAAUCGGUGUAAAUUCAUCAGAAUUUAAUACUACGAUUAAAAACAAAAUUCAUCCCGAAGAAGAAGCUGAAGCAUUAAAGGCCGAUCAAGACGAAUUAAAUAACGUAAGCCUAUAGUGAUUUUAUAUAUUAUUUGCAAGUUCAAUCCUAACAUUAUUAAAUUAUUUAGUAUUUUGAAAUUGCCGAAAUUAGAGUUGAUAAUGAGGACAAUAAGAAAAAGCUUCUAAAAGUCAAUAAAAUGAACAACGACAUGGAAGAAUUUUUAGACAAGCAAAUGGAAAAUGAAAAUAACCUAGAAACAUAUCAAUUGAAGUAUGAUGAGAUUUUCCAAGCACAUCAACUAGUAUUCUCUGAUUACAUAAAAACCGACGAGGAACCACGUAGGGAUGGGACUUAUUUGAAAGUGACUAAGUGGGUUAAUGUUAAUAAUGAAAAUGAAGAAUAUGCAUUUAAAAAUAUAUCUGAAAAAGAUAAAAGUGGCGUACAAAAUCAAGUUACAAUUCUUAGAGAACUUCACGAUUGGCAGAAUAUAAUAAAAUUUUACGGUCUUACUAAUGAUGGAAAUAAAUGGUAUU